AUGCCACAUUUCGGCGUCCAAAACGUGGGGCAGAUUGUAGCAGCUGCGCUAAUAGAACCUGAGAAGUCCAAAAGCCAUGAGAUUGAGCUUGGAAACGAGAAUCUGAUACUGGAAGAUACGAGGCAAUUGCUGAGCAAAGCUUCUGGAGUUGACAUUAAGACGCGGGUUCUAAUCUCAAAGACGUCUGUCUCAGGAGCCAAAUAA